CUGAUAUAGCUUCCUGUGGUUAAAUCCGAUGAUGACAAUGUGAAAUUGCAUGAAUAAAAACUUCAUCAUGACCAUCAUGACUGUAUUGAAGAUACAUUAUGAGAUGACAAUUGAUGACUACACAGUGAUACACAAGAGUUUCGGUGGGUGUGGGUUUGAGGCUUUAGCCACUUACAAAGUUGUAAUGCCGGCGUUGAUAAUACACUAACACAGACACUUUUUGCUUUUGACAUUUGCUCCCUUUACCCGUUUUGUUAAAAUAGUUAAAAUAUUAAAAAAUGAGCGUAGUUCCAGAGAAAAUAGAUAACAUAACAAAUAAGUUUUUGUCCCAUUCAGAUUCUCAACCUAUAACUCCAGAUGAUGUUUUGAAAUUAACAAAAAUUGCAGAUACGUACUUGUGUGAUCCUGAUGCUAAUAUUUAUGGCAUCGAUUUUACUAGGUUCAAACUGAGAGACCUAGAAAGUGGAGCUGUUCUUUUCGAGAUAGCAAAACCAGUUUCAGAAAGUAUCGAAGAUUCCAAUCAGAAAACAAUUGAAAAUGAGGAAACACUAGACCCCAAUGCAGGAAGAUUUGUGAGAUAUCAAUUUACACCACAUUUUCUGAAAUUGGAAACUGUCGGAGCAACGGUUGAAUUCACUGUUGGAAGCAGACCUGUGAACAACUUCAGGAUGAUCGAAAGACACUUCUUCCGAGACAAGCUACUAAAAACGUUCGAUUUCGAAUUUGGUUUUUGCAUACCUUAUUCAAGAAACACAUGUGAACACAUCUAUGAGUUCCCUUCACUACCCACCGAUCUUGUCGACGAAAUGAUAGCGUGCCCUUUUGAGACCAGAUCGGAUUCAUUUUACUUCGUUGACAACUGUCUUAUAAUGCACAAUAAGGCUGACUAUGCUUACAAUGGCGGUAUGGCCACGUAACCAUAAAAU